AUGUUCUCUACGAAAGCGUCAACGACUGCCCUCUGGGCGCUCGCUGCUCUCUUCGUGGUCUUGUGCCUCUCGCCAGGCGUCUUCUUCGCCCCAGCAUCACACCCUCGCCAUCUCCGACGAGCUCAGGAUCAAGUCGACGAAAGUUCCGCCGUUGCUGGCGAUCUCGUCAUCACGCGACACUCUCCAGGCCAUCAGAAUCCAGCUGUCGCCCCUCCAAAACCCCUCGAUGAAGCCUUGGAACACACCGCCGACCUGGGAAACGCUUCUUCAUCCAGUGUUAGCCCUAACCCUAGAAAUAUCCAGUCGCUGUCGAAGCGCGACGGCGGUCCUCUUUAUUGCACCAACGGACCUUGCGUCGAUGGCAGUUGUUGCGGUAAGAACAACAUCUGCGGAUAUGGACCAGACUACUGCGGCGAUGGAUGCCAGUCUCAAUGCGAUGCGACUGCCAUGUGCGGAGAGUAUAGCGAGAACGCAGAGAUGCCCUGUGGCAUGAACCUGUGUUGUUCCGCGACUGGCUGGUGUGGAGAACUCGACACGAGCCUCUAUACGCACUUGUUCUACUCGUUUGCGUCGAUUGAUCCAACUUCGUUCUCCAUCGUCAACGCCCAUCCUGACGAUGCUAAGAUGAUUCCCGAGUUCACGGCUCUGCACCAAAACGGCGGACCACAGACAUGGAUCGCCGUGGGUGGCUUCGACUUCAGCGAUCCUGGUAGGCCCACACAUACGACCUGGAGCGAUCUGUGCCUCACCAAGGCAAAUCGUGCUGCCUUUAUCAACUCCGUCAAGGCCUACAUGGAUCAAUGGGGAUUUCAGGGCGUCGACCUAGACUGGGAAUAUCCCGGCGCGCCUGAGCGUGGCGGUCGCAAGCUGACAGAUGUGCGCAACUUUGCUAUGCUGGUCCGAGAGAUGCGCGCUGCCUUUGGAACCUCGUACGGGAUCAGCCUGACCCUCGCGCCUGACUACUGGUACCUGCGCUGGUUUGACGCCAAGGCUAUGGAGCCGUACGUCGACUUCUUCGGAUUCAUGGCGUACGAUCUGCACGGCUCGUGGGACGAGGACGUAAAGACUCUGGGCAAGCUCGUGCGCGGCCAGGCUGACAUUCGCGAGAUAUCCACAAACACUGUCCCGCUCUGGUUCGCCGGCCUGGACCCGGCCAAGAUCAAUUUUGGUCUCGCCAUGUAUGGGCGCGGCUACACGCUCGCCAGCCCUGCGUGCAACUCGUUGCUGUGCUCCUUCAAGGGUCCAAGCAACGGGGGCCCAUGUACUGGUUUUGACGGAGUGUUGUCCCUUUACGAGCUCAAGAAGCUUAUCAAGGAAAAGGGGCUCACACCAACUUACCUCCCCGAUUCCAUGAUGAAACAGCUCACCUGGGAUGACCAGUGGAUUGGUUAUGACGACGACGAGACCUUUGCCGCCAAGAAGGCAUGGGCUGACUCGAGAUGUUUUGGCGGCGUCAUGUAUUGGGGCAUAGACUAUGGUGUCGCUGGUUCCGGCUCACCCGAGGACAACUAUCCCGUAGUGUAUCUCGAUCCGAUCAUCUAUAACCAAGUACCCGCACAGUGCACGCCCCCUUGUCGUCUGGUGUUCCCUCCUACCUCCUUGACGGCUGCAACAACUCUUUCCAUCCCGCCAUAUACUACAUCGCUCCAGCUGGGCCAAGGCACUACGACAACCAUCACAAUCACUGUGCCUGCCAUUACUGCGACGUCCAUGAGCUACUCAAACAUGAUUAUCAGCCCCGGGCAGGAUUCUACCACGAUCUACCCAUACCUGAGCAUCGACGUUCCCCCAGUCACCACAGUUAUUGACGGGCAGACAAGGACACUCACGCUACCACCAUGGCCUCUCAUCACCAACGGCCCACCAGACCAUUGGAACUUCACGACAGAGCCGCCCAGAACGGAGGUCCCCGUCUUUCCAUUGCCCACUGGUCCCCGCGAUCCGCCCGCCCCUACACUGACCCCAAUCAGCAAACCGGUAUUCACUGGACCGAAGCCUGUUCCGACCUGGCCCACACAGGUUGACGUCGAGCCCGUUCCCACGCCGGUGCCGGACGAGGGUGAGGAUGACGAUGACGACGGCCCAACGUUCAAGACGUCGUGUAAACUGUGGUUCUUCUGGACCUGUAUCAGUCUCCCUGGGCCGUUCAACAUUGAGAUCCAUGGAUGGAACUUCAAUCUCCCCACAGGAAUUUGGGGCCCUGGUAUUGCACCACCCGGCAUCAAAUGGCCCCCAGGGGUGACAUUGAAAGGAACUCUACCGCCAUGGCCCAAGAUCACUGUGCAUCCCGGCGGUGCGAUUGAAGCCGGGCCUAAGCCGGCCGACUGUACUCCGGCGGAAGCUUCUUUGUGCUUGACAAAGAGUUACUUUGCAACCACCGUCUCUGGUGGCGCGACCAGGACAACCGCCACAUCGGUCACAGAAACAUGUGCGACCAUCACCGGCUGUCAUCUCAGGGACAUUGAGACAGCUACCAACAUUGACGCAUGCACGCUCCGGCGCAGGGCCAUUGACGUCACGGCCCUGCCGGAGCCCACUAGCACGAGUCUCACGCAUGAAGACAACCCGAAAGUGGAAGAGCGCGCUGCUCACGAAAGUGAGCACGACGAGCCUUUGAUGCACCUUGAAGCUCGCGCCGAGCCCGACUGGAAGAACUGUGAAGGGCCGGGAGACGGAGGCAUCAUCUGGCCCUUGUAUGGUGGCGACAACGCCCAGCAAAACGAGAUCCGUAGAGUGCUCGCCAGCCGCAAGGCGGCAAUAGGUAAGGACUACAGAGAGUUCCGUGCCAACGACCUCGGCUACACAGCCUUCUACCUAGUGUACGACAUGGGUCCCGCGGCACUUGCGUACUUCAACUCGGCCGAGAUGCCCCAGAUCUACCUGGCCUACCACCCUGCCAACCCAGUCCGGCCGUCACAUAUUCCUAACAAGCGGGAUGACGAUGAAAGUGCUCCUGGGGGAGCGCAGAAUGUCACCGUCGCCCCCAGCGACGCCAGCGUCUUGGCGAAGAGGGCGAUCGUCACGGAGUCCAGCGCGGCGUGGCAGCUUUCUCUGGCUUCGUGGCCGCCUGCGUACGACUUCAACGCGAUUUGGCCACAGUACAACCACAACCCCUCUACCAACAACUACGGCACGUCAUGGGAUGAUUCGUAUGGCGCGGGCCAGACAAUCUAUAUCUUGGAAUCCGGCCUGCCAGACCUCGAUGUAAGCAUCAAUGUUGCCCGCCACCAUUGUGGCGAUCUUUACCUCAAGUUUUUCAUGACCGAAAUUGUGCCAUCUGACCUCUUAUUCUGCGCGCAGAACUAUAAAGACCGGCUCCGGCGCCUCCCGCUGUCCAACUUUGCAGGACCGUUCACGCCCACGGAGUCGGACAACCAUCAUGGUGCCGCGGUGGCAGCGUUGGCAGCCGGCACGAUCGUGGGCAUUGCCCGAAAGGCCAAUGUCGUCUUCGUCGAGGUCCGGCUCGGAACUGCCACUACAAUCUAUGAGACAUUCCUGGAGGCCUUUAUCAGGGUCGCCGACGAUGCCGCGAGCAAGCCCAAAGACACGUGCGUCGUCAACACGUCGUGGGGUUAUGCAAAGACGGGCCCCGUCAGCUUGGCAUUUCACGAAAUUUUGGUCGCCCUCAUGAAUGCCAUGGCCGUCAAGUACGGCUGCAUCUUUGUGGCAGCCCCCGGCAACGAUGGCAACACGGCAACGCACUACCCGGCGCUGGCGCGAGACCAGGUCGCCGGGAUGAUGAUUGUUGGCGCCGUGGACGCCUUCGGAGCAGCCGCGUCUUUCAACUCGGGCAAGGAGAUCAUCAAUGUGUACGCCCCUGGCGUUGGCAUCCCGAUCGUUGCCAUGCACACCUCGGGCACAUCUUUUGCAUCUCCAAUGGUGGCUGGCUUGGCCGCCUAUUUCCGUGGCCUCCCCAAUUACAACGGAGGGAGAGACCCGGCAAGCAUCCGUGACUUGAUCCAGAAACUCUCCCGGCCGAUCCCGUUCCGAGCCCCGCGGCAGGGCACCGGGAUCCCCGUCAUCUGGAACGGCAUCGAGGGCAAUACAUUCUGCACGGUCGUCAAGAGGGGACUCGAGUUCCGCCAGGACGGCGGCUCUUGUCCACUGCCCAGUCCCGGCGGACCUGGGGGUCCAGGCGGCCCAGGUGGUCAGGGGCCCCGUGGCCCUGUCGGCCCUCCGGUGACCUUCCGGCCCGGCCCUCCGAGCCCGAUCUGUACCGCAAAUUGUGGCGUGCUGUGCAAGGGCUUCUACUGCGAUGCCAAUCCAAUCGGUCACCCCCCAGACUUCACUUUCACCCCGCCGCCACCGCCUCCCAACACUUCACAGCCGCCGGCGACACAGCAGCCGCCAUCGACGCCCACCAGCCAGCCGGACAUCCCGCCCAUCGACAUCACCAACUUACCCACGCUCGAACCGGUCCCAACCGGCGGCCCGAUCCCAUCAGACUGUGCCUCCGUCUACUCCUGGACAACCUGUGCCCUCGGUGUGCCGCCCGGUGUGUCCGCAUGCCAGACCUUCAGCACAUGCGUGUCGACCAAGGCGCCCCCUCCGCCACAGACCACGCACAACCCGGACGACGACAUCCCGACGGGCCCCCCCACGUUCUAUCUCUACAACGGCGCCUGGGUCACCGAGGCCGCCGACCCGCACAUCUUCGCCAAGGCCGUCGAGAAGAAGAACGUCGACAACUGCGACGCCAUGGACGAGUCUGAGGACCUCGACGGCGCCAAAGGUGACAGGUCUUACCCCUGGCCCGAGCAGACCUUCAAGGUCAAGCUGUGCUCCAAGGAUCUCGAGUUCAAGAAGACGGACAACGACUAUGACGUGUACAGCGGCGGCAAGAAGGUCGGCAAGUGCAGCAAGGGCUCUGAUACCAUAAAGGACUGCUUCUGGGCCCCCAUCAUCUCGGCAGAGUUUGACCAGGCCUAUGCUUGCACGGGUGCUUGUUGA